UGGCGAUCAGUGUGGAUCAAUGUUCAGUGGAAAGAGCCAAUGACGUCAGCUCUGUCAUGUGAUCAGCUGUGUCCAAUCACAGCUCAUCGCAUGGCACUGAUGAUCAGUGCCCUGAUGAUCAGUGCAGCCCCAUCAGUGCCACCUGUCAGUGCCCAUCAAUGCCAGCUGUCAGUGCCCAUCAAUGCUACCUGCCAGUGCCCAUCAGUGCCACAUCAAUGCCAUAUAUCAGUGCCUACCAGUGCACAUCAAUGCCACAAAUGAGUGCCCAUCUGAUCUGCCUUUCAGUGCCAACUAUCACUGCCAGUCAGUGCCACCUAUCAGUGCUAGUCAGUACCACCUACCAAUGCUGCAAAUCAGUGCCACCUAUCAGUGCCACCUAUCAG